CUACCACAGAAGGCCACCAGUCGGUUUAGGUUACUUUUUGAGAAAUAUAUUUCGCCAACUUCGUGUCCAGGGCACUUAACCUUUUCGUAAUAACAGCUAUAGGAGUGCACCCUGGGAAGGAGAAUUAAUGUUCCCAUCAUUAGGCUGAUAUGUCAAUAUCUGCUGCUAAACUAGUUGGUAGGCGUCAAUGAGUACAGCGUGUUUAAUUAGAGUGUGUUAUUAACGGUUGGAAGUUUAGCUUAUAACAUCAGUCUUUUAUUUUCAGAAGCUGAAAGAAAGAAACCCGGGUAAUCACUCUAUUUAAUCAAAGCAAAAAACGUUUUUGUGUGUGAUUUUAAUCUUUUUUUGCUGUUAUAACAGAAUAUAAUUUACUUAACGACUUAUCAAGCUUUGGAUCAACAGCUUAGCGACUUUCCUAUUGAUUUGACAAUAACAAACUUUGAAUAUAUGACACUUCAAAAAACAGCUAAAAACCUACACACAAAAGAGUUAAACAUUUUCUGAAUGUAUCAUGUAUUCGAUAACUAUUAACUACUCGGAGCUUAAUUGUGACAUAAGUUUAACAUAGCUAUCACAUGAAAGGACAACGACAGUCUUUAAAUUAGCUAAUUAAAUUUUUGAUAUUAAACAUAAAUAAGUGGCUAGAUGUUUAAAGCUUGGAAGAAAGACUAUAUUUUUCAACAUGAGAGGAGGGAUUUUGUUCAUCUUGUUUAUUAACGUAGCUGGUAAUAAUAGUCGAGAGAAACCAGGUAGUGUUAUACAUACAAAACAUAGAACUGAUAAAAGACAUAACUGCGUAGGAUGGGUUCACAUAAAAGAAAACUGUUACAAAGUUUACACGGAUGAGAAAUAUUUCUCAUCUGCUGAAAAUAUCUGCUUAAGAGAAAAAGCACACUUGGUUUCAAUUUCAAAUAUCGUUGAAAAUAACCAUAUAAGUGAGAUUACUAAUGGCGCUGAAGUAUGGAUUGGACUCAAAAAACAAAAAUCGAAAUUUAUCUGGCUCGAUGGAUAUUCUAAAUUUCGAAAUUGGAUGUUUUUCACAUCUAUAAACAAAGGAAUAUGUGUAAAGAUGAUUUCCGGAGGAGGUUGGGUUGAUACAUCCUGCUAUGAAAUGCUUCCCUUUGUCUGUAAAAAAAAGAUAAAGUAUCCUGUGGAUACAGAGAGCAUGCAUUUGGCGGUGAUUAUCAUAGCUCCAUCAAUCCUACUCAGUAUAAUGUUACUUAUCAUUAUUCCUAUGUUUAUAAACAGUUACCGACGCGAAGUUAUGGUAAUGAAAAAGAUGCAUGAUAUAGAGAUAAUUAAUGAGGUAAUAGCGCGCCGUAACGAAGCAGAUAGUACACUUUUUGCAGAUGAUAAAGCAAUAAUCCAGUCUAAUAAAGGUAGUCCUGAUUGCAGUAUUAAAACUAACGGAACAUCUGAAGAUUCAAAUGAGAUUGUAGAUGAAGACAAUAAACAAAUCGAUGAUAUUUUAAAUUCAUACCAUAAUAUCUUCUAUAUUCACGACGAAGAGUCAUCUACCAAGUUUAGAACGAAUUUAUUAUCAGACAGGGAAUGCAACGCUCAUGGAACGACUCGAGAUUUUGACGAGACGGAAGGAGAAAUUAAAACCGUAAUUAGAAACGGUAUGAUUAAAAAUGCCCAUCAAUAUAUUUAUGAUUCUGAUCUCGAAAGAAGCUAUAAAGCGGAAAUUGUAGAAGACUAUAUUCAGAUAUCUGUUUUAUAAAUAAUAAGUUGACUUUUUUGCCUUAAAUAAUCGAACUAUUGUCAUAAUUCUACUUUGGAAUUUCCGUUGGUUUAUAUAUUAGUAAAGACAUUUUCCGAUAACUUC